GGCGUCUGGGCGUUGACUCCUGGGUUGGAACUUUUCUGCCCACCCCUUCUCCCAGUCUCUUGCCACUGGGUCUUUCUGCUCAGGCAUCAGGGAUCUCUGUUCUUCACCCCGUCUCCAAGCAUCCUCCUCCGGGAAGCCUUCCCUCACUGAGCCCUUUUCUGAUGGGCCGGAACUGUGGUCCCCCGCUGUUCUCUGCGGCCGUCUAGGGAUGGCGCUCCUGCCCACUCCGGACCAUUCCUGCUUGGUUUGAAAGUCUGGGCUUCGGCGGAGCGGGCGGGCAGAUGGCGGAGGGCGGCCCCAGGAGGGGCCUGGCAGCAGAGAAGGGUGGCCCGCGGCCAGCCCCGCCCCUACCUGUGGAAGCCCAGGCUCCUGCGCCGGCGGAUAAAAGCCGCAGAGUGUCCCUGAGGUCAGCGAGUGCGCGCUCCUCCUAGCCCGCCGCUAGGUCCAUCCCGGCCCAGCCACCAUGUCCAUUCACUUCAGCUCCCCGGUAUUCACCUCGCGCUCAGCCGCCUUUUCGGGCCGCGGCGCCCAGGCGCGCCUGAGCUCCGCGCGCCCCGGCGGCCUUGGCAGCAGCAGCCUCUACGACUUGGGCGCCUCGCGGCCGCGCGUGGCUGUGCGCUCCGCCUAUGGGGGCCCGGUGGGCGCCGGCAUCCGCGAGGUCACCAUCAACCAGAGCCUGCUGGCCCCGCUGCGGCUGGAAGCCGACCCCUCCCUCCAGCGGGUGCGCCAGGAGGAGCGUGAGCAGAUCAAGACCCUCAACAACAAGUUUGCCUCCUUCAUCGACAAGGUGCGGUUUCUGGAGCAGCAGAACAAGCUGCUAGAGACCAAGUGGACGCUGCUGCAGGAGCAGAAGUCGGCCAAGAGCAGCCGCCUCCCAGACAUCUUUGAGGCCCAGAUCGCUGGCCUUCGGGGGCAGCUCGAGGCGCUGCAGGUGGAUGGGGGCCGCCUGGAGGCGGAGCUGCGGAGCAUGCAGGAUGUGGUGGAGGACUUCAAGAAUAAGUAUGAAGAUGAAAUUAACCGCCGCGCAGCUGCUGAGAAUGAGUUUGUGGUGCUGAAGAAGGAUGUGGAUGCUGCCUACAUGAGCAAGGUGGAGCUGGAGGCCAAGGUGGAUGCCCUGAAUGAUGAGAUCAACUUCCUCAGGACCCUCAAUGAGAUGGAGUUGACAGAGCUGCAGUCCCAGAUCUCCGACACAUCUGUGGUGCUGUCCAUGGACAACAGUCGCUCUCUGGACCUGGACAGCAUCAUUGCUGAGGUCAAGGCGCAGUAUGAGGAGAUGGCCAAAUGCAGCCGGGCUGAGGCUGAGGCCUGGUACCAGACCAAGUUUGAGACCCUCCAGGCCCAAGCUGGGAAGCAUGGGGACGACCUCCGGAAUACCCGGAACGAGAUUUCGGAGAUGAACCGGGCCAUCCAGAGGCUGCAGGCUGAGAUCGACAACAUCAAGAACCAGCGUGCCAAGUUGGAGGCCGCCAUUGCAGAGGCUGAGGAGCGUGGGGAGCUGGCACUCAAGGAUGCUCGUGCCAAGCAGGAGGAGCUGGAAGCUGCCCUGCAGCGGGCCAAGCAGGAUAUGGUGCGGCAACUGCGUGAGUACCAGGAACUCAUGAGCGUGAAGCUGGCCCUGGACAUCGAGAUCGCCACCUACCGCAAGCUGCUGGAGGGCGAGGAGAGCCGGUUGGCCGGAGAUGGAGUGGGAGCCGUGAAUAUCUCUGUGGUGAAUUCCACUGGUGGCAGUAGCAAUGGUGGUGGCAUUGGGCUGACCCUCGGGGGAACCAUGGGCAGCAAUGCCCUGAGCUUCUCCAGCAGUGCGGGUCCUGGGCCCCUGAAGGCUUACUCAAUCCGGACCACAUCCACCAGUCGCAGGAGUGCCCGCAACUGAGCUGCCUCCUACCACUCCAUUCCUCCAGCCACCGCCCACAGUCACAAGAAGAUUCCCAUCCCUGCCUCCCAUGCCUGGUCCCAAGACCAUGAGACAGUCUGGAAAGUGAUGUCAGAAUAGCUUCCAAUAAAGCACCCUCAUUCUGAGGCCUGAGUGAUCCA